AUGGAGAUGUCAGCAUUCACCGACCGCCUUCGUAGCGGCAAGGCGCCAGAAUUCCCCUCUGACGCUAACACGCUCUCCUUUGCCCAGAAGUUGGACUCUCAAGACUCGCUUCGCCAUCUGCGGGAUGAAUUCCUCAUUCCGACCAAGACGUCGUUCAAGAAGAAGGCACUCGAUGGCACUAUUCCUGGAACAGUGCCUUUACCAAACGGCACCGCCAACGGCACCCAUCAAUCCAAUGGCUCGCCCACGGCAGAUGACUCGGAGAAGGUCAUUUAUUUCGUCGGGAACUCCCUCGGCGCGCAACCCAAGGCUGUCCGCAGGUAUAUCGACGCCCAGCUCGAAACCUGGGCAUCCAUUGGCGUUAACGGCCACUUCACGGACAUGGGAGACUCGCCCCUAGUCGCAUGGCAGGAUAUGGCUGAGGACUGCGCCGUGAAGUCUGCCGACCUCGUCGGAGCGUCGCCCCACGAGAUUGUCAUCAUGAACACUCUCACCGCGAACCUCCACAUGAUGAUGGCAAGCUUCUACAAGCCCACCGAGAAGCGCCAUAAGGUCAUCCUCGAGUGGAAGCCUUUCCCUAGCGACCACUACGCCAUCGAGAGCCAGAUCGCUUGGCACGGACUUGACCCGGCCAAGAGCAUGGUUAAGAUUGAGCCGGAUGAGAAUUGUCUCAUUCCCACCCAGAAGAUCCUCGAUACUAUCGAUGAGCACGGUGACGAGACUGCGUUGAUCCUGUUACCCGGAAUUCAGUACUACUCCGGUCAGUACUUUGACAUGCCGCGCAUCACAGCCUACGCAAAGGCCAAGGGCAUCGUCGUGGGAUGGGACCUCGCGCAUGCCGCCGGUAACGUGGAACUUAGGCUGCACGAUUGGGACGUCGACUUUGCCUGCUGGUGUACGUACAAGUACAUCAACGCCGGACCUGGCAGCAUUGCUGGAGCAUUUGUCCACGAGCGCCAUGGCCGCGUUGAGUGGGCCGAUGAUGCUGGUAUUGAUGGUACGGGGCGCCCUUCGUACCGCCCACGCCUCAUGGGCUGGUAUGGUGGCGACAAGAGAGUGCGGUUCAACAUGGACAACAAGUUUGUGCCAACUCCCGGCGCAGCUGGCUACCAGCUGUCCAACCCGUCGAUUAUUGACCUAGCCUCGCUGUCUGGAGCGCUCAGCGUGUUUGGCAAGACAUCGAUGCACGAUCUUCGGAGCAAGGCUCUGGUUCUCACAGCGUAUGCCGAAUAUCUGAUGGACGAGAUGCAGGCUUCUUCUCCUUCGGACAGCGAACCACCCUUCCGCAUAAUCACACCUCGAGACCCGGCGCAGCGGGGCACCCAGCUAAGCGUUGUCUUCGCUAACUCGGAGCUUCACGACGCUGUGAGCGCGUCGCUUGAGGAAAACGGCGUCAUGUGCGAUAAGCGGAAACCCAAUGUCAUCCGUGUGGCACCUGUGCCGCUGUACUCGCGAUUUGAGGAUGUGUGGAGGUUUAUGCAGAUUCUCAGGGAAGCGGUAAGGCUGGACAAGGCAUGA